UUUCAGUCUUGAGGAGAAUUUUUUUAGAUCAGAUUGACAGCACACGCUAUUACCAACGAACUGCAGAGAACUGCAACUGGUUGUAGCAGCGUCGAGCAGCCUGGUUGUGGUUCUUGUACCACUCUGCAAUUUUUGGCCGCGGAACAGCUACCUGUGAAGCAAGUCCCGGCCAACAUGAAGGCAGACUCUUCUUUGACCGAUGCGGAUGUAGUUGCAUCUCCGACCACACGUGGACUGGGCGCGCCAGAACUGGGACCAGGACGACCUGCUGCACCAGCCGAAGAACUUCCAGAACAUGAUUUUUCUGCUCACGGAUCAGCACUACCGAACCAUUCUCCGCACCUUCGUGAUAACAACUCUGCUCCUGGUAGCCCUGACCGUGAACAUCCCGACGUCCUCGCGGCUGGAUCAACAUUGUCCGACCAGGUGAACGAAAUAAUUGUAGAGCAAAAGACGGAACAAGAAGACCCACUACACGGGGACGCCCUGCCACCCGCAGCGAAUCUUGACGCGGACUACCAGCAUCACCAGAGCUUCGGAACCGUCAUGGUGGACGUGAAAAAUCAUGUAGCUGGUGAACAAGACCACAACCCGUGGGCAGCUCCCUCUGUGGCAGGUCCUAUGCCCCCGCCGGCGAAUGCUCUUUACCAAACACAAACUGGUAUGGAGCUACAACCGGUAUUCUAUCCAAACAACUGCAGUUUUUACGAUGAUCCACAACAAGCCGAGGUCUUCAGCAACUACGGCUACAGCCCGCAGCAGCAUGAGUUCUUUCAGGAGCCCUACCUUUACUACGAUGGGAACAAUGCUGGCCAACAGCAUCCUGCAGUGGUUAUGACAAACCACAUGCCCGACGGCGCACACGCAUCAGCUUCGUCCUGCUCGUGGAGUCACGAGGUCCAAAAUUCAUGGGGCCAGCGGGACAUGCACAUGCAAAAUUACAG